AUGAAGGGUUUUCAUCAAAAGCUCCUAGUUGUUGUGGCUUUGGUUUUGGUUGCACUUGCAAGCAAUGGUGGUUUUGUUCAGGUUUGUGAUGCUCAGAACAUAUGCAAUGUCUCUAUGAAUGGUUUGAUGACUUGCAGGCCAGCUGUGACCGCCCCGAACCCGGCGCCGCCUACAACCGCCUGCUGCUCGGCGCUGUCGCAUGCCGACAUGGGCUGCCUUUGCUCCUACAAGAACUCCAACCUCUUGCCUUCUCUAGGGAUUGACCCUAACCUUGCCCUCCAGCUUCCUGCCAAGUGCAGGCUUCCUCAUCCUGCCAAUUGCUAG